CAAAUAACAGUUGCGCAGAGGAGAAAAUAGUUCAACUUCUCUGUCUCAAUCAUUUCAUUAUAGUUUUCUCUCCCUUCCAAUCACAGCGAUCUCCAGAAUUAGGGUUUCGUGAUUUCUGUCUCACUGGAAGAUCAAGAAGAAGAAUUGUUUAUCUACAUCUGAAUCCAUGAAGCCGCAAUCAUCCUCUUUGAAUCCAUAUGCAGCCUCAUAUGUUCCUCUCUCUAAAAGGGGGGCAGAUGGUAGAAUACCUUUGACAGAAAAAGAUUCCAAGACUUGUGAUGGGACAAUGUGGUUUCAGAUGACUCAUCAGGGUGCUACAAAUGACCCGCAACUUAUCAACACUAGCUUGGAAUGGCUCUCGAAACCCGAAGCUUUUCCGGCAAAAAGCCAGCCUGCUUCUAGUUCCUACACAGGCUACACUUCAUCAUCACAGAAUGUGGCAGAGUUGACGGAUAAUCAGUUGGUAGAUGAAGAACUUGAUAUGGAUUUGGAGUAUCUUAGGAUGAAUUUUCCUGGUAUAUCUUAUCAGUCCCUUGUAGAUGUCUAUAAUGUUAACAGUGGUGACUUGGAUGCAGCUAUUGACAUGCUCAGCCAACUUGAGUUAGAGGGAGAUGAAACUUCUGGAAGUCUUCCAGAGACACUGGAUAUUGGUGAUGUUUCAGAAUCUGGAUUGCCAGCUGAUUCUGUUUCACUAAAACAGAAGAAUGUAGCAGAGGAAACCAGCACUUCAUCUGGUCAGUUGGCAUCAGCCAAUGUCUUGUGAAUUGGUUUUUCAUUCACAAUUGGUUUGGUUGGAUAUAUUAAUAAGUGUAAAAAUUAAAAAAUUUACCAUAGGUGGAGAUGUCUCAAUCAUCGAUUUUAUGGUCUGUAUAGUUAGUUCGCUGCUUUGUCUUGUUUUGGUCAUUAUGAUCUUGAAAUAUUUUCUUUUGAUGAGUUGCUUGUGCAAUUGGUAUCCCUUUCAAUUGCAUGAAUUGGAAGGGUCCUGAAGGGGAGAGAGAGAGAGGUAAAAGAAAAACAACACACAAAUGAAUGUAAUUUUCUCUUGGGAUUGACAAGUGUCUUGUUGACUUGCUUGCUGGAUUGUACCGUGGUGAGCUAACUUGAAUCUUAUGCUGCUAUAGAUAUAAUACAACAUUUUUAUUGCCCCUUUUUUUAUUCA